CCAACCGUGGACCUCCACCCUGAUAAAACAGAAGCUGCUGCUCCCUAUCAUGGCCUACUAUAUGGUGACAGGCCCCUGGAGGAGCCUCUGGGUGAGAUUUGGCUACGACCCUUGCAAGACACCAGACGCCAAGAAAUACCAGGUGCUGGACUUCAGGAUCCGCUGCAGUACCAAGCACGGAUAUACUAUAAAUGACAUGCCAGUGAAGGCCAAGAGGAGCACUUUCAACUAUACCCUGCCAAUCACACUUAACAAAGCAGUGCCCCAGGCUGCUAAUGUGACAGAUUUACCACCCGAGGGCCCUGCUGGUGGACGUAGUGCUAAUAUAACCAGAUACCAGCUCAAGGAUUCCUCAUACAUAUUCCGAGAUGGGACCCUGCCCCCCCACAGGCAGAUGUUCUACCAGCUCUGUGAUCUGGAUGUGGAGAGCAUAAGGAACGUGAUCAGUCGGAACGAUGGCCAGGAGGAGGAGUGUGACGAGAGGGAUGGCUGGUGUCUGUCCCACACCUCUGAUGACCUCAGAGAUAUCAUGUCCUCUAUGAUCAAGCAGGUUAUCCGU